AUGUCCACAAUAAACAUAAAGAGAAAAUGUCCAAAUGGAGAAAGCAGUGACCACACAACUGUAGAAUGCCCGAAACACAACCGCCACUAUAAUGUUUCUCUAACUAAUGUAUACAGUGAUUCUAAUGCGACAGAUUACAGGGUUUGUAGGCGUACGAGGGGUAGGAGAGUAGCCAUCACUCGCCUAAAGUAUGGUAAUGAAGAACUUAGUAUUUUAGAUGAUGGAUCUACUAACUUUAUUGAAAAACACACUGAGAUAGAGGAAGUAUGUACCUACUAUAGCUCAACUUAUGAUAAGGGUAAAGAUGAUAUAGAUAAACCUCUCCUACUUGGAUUUAAGGAGAGUAAGAAUGAGGGAUAUACUUGGUACGAAAAUACUGGAGAUAAUGUGACAUGGCAAAGGAUUGAUGACAAGGGGAAAUUUCCUAAAAUCAGCAAUAAGUCUACUCCUCAGUUUUUAGGUAGGCUAAAGGAUCUCACCUGUAAACUCCAUAAUCUCCACUUUGUCAACAUUCAAGAGAUAGGGAAGUACAAAUGUGCAUGCAAUGAGACCAAAGUUACCGCUAUCAAGGAGAAAGAUGAUGGAUAUAUCAAAGGCUAUAACAAGUACAGGCAUGAUUACGACAAGGGUGAAAGGUCAAUUAGAUAUGGAAAGUUUCAUCUCGAAGAUGAAGACGGCACUCCACUUACACUCACUCUUGAGCAUACUCCUAACCUCUCCGUCUACUACUGGGUAAAGGAUACUAAUCGUACGACACCUCUUAUUAUUGAAGUUGCUGUUGGAACUAUGAAAGUUUAUUAUGGUAAUAAAGGGGAACCACUCAACAGAAAAUGGGAAGAAAUAAAAUCUGAUAGUGGUGAAUUACAACUCACAGAUGAGGAACUUAAGAAGGAACUUAAAAAGCUCACCUGUAAACUUUUCAGAUCAGCAGGCAUAAGUGAUCCUGAUCAACAGCAGUACAUAAAUGAAUACUGUAGAAAGGACUGGUGUAAGAAUGGAUUAGAACUUCAUUGCCAAAAUGAAAAUGAAGAGGAGCGAACCGAGUCUAAACAACUAGGACAUGGAAUCGAAAAAACUGAGGAAGAUAAAGAUGGGUCUGAACAAUAUGAAGAGAAAAAACUUGGCGAGGAAGAAGAGCUAUCUGAAGAACCAAGUACUGGUCCUUGUAGCAAUCUUGGAAUAGUAGACAUUGGUAAAGAACUAUUGGAAGGUGUUGUAGGAGAUAUAGCUUCUGUACUAGAUGAAUCAGCUCUAGUUGGAUUGACUGGAUUAGGUAUAGCUAGUGUAGCUAUUGGAGUGGCUAAGGGUCUUUUUGCUGAUGGAGUAGGAGGCCCUGCUAUUUAUCCUAAACAUGAACAUGUAAAAGAAUCUCUAGAACUGGAAAGUCAAAUAGAAUCUAGAUCUGGAGAAGAAUUGGUGGCUAAAAAGGUAAAAUACUCUCCUGUGGAUUUUCAACCCGAGGAAGAGGUGACUCAUGAUCAGCCUGUUGUGGCUGCUAGGGCUGAAGAUAGAGCUGCUUCUGGUACUGGAACUCUUGAUCCAGAACAUCUUGGACAGAAUGGAGUUCAACGUGAGGAGGUCCCUGCAGCUGACUUAUCUGACCAAGUUCCUGACACAGAGUCUGAGACUAAGAUUCUUCUACAAGGUACUCCAGUUGCUCAGAUGGCUGAAGAUGCUAUCGAUGGUGAAAGACUAAAACAUCUUAUUGUUAAUCCUGGUCCAUUUGGUGGUUAUAGUCCCUUAUCUGGACUAGAAGGUGAUUCUGGUCCACCUUUAUCUCUACAAGGUAGUAAUCCUAGAUUUAUAGGUGGUACUCCUCAGUCCUUACCUAAAGCUGAAGGAACUACUGCUUUUCCCCCAGUAAUUAUAGGUGGUCAUGGUCCUCUCGGACUUAUGGGUUAUUCUAAACUAGGCCCUGGACUAGAAGGUGAACAAUCUCUUGUACCUCCUGAAUCUCUUCCACCUGCUGAAGCUGAAUCGGCCGCUAUAUCCUCAGGCCCUGGUUAUGGAACUCUUCAUAAUAAUGGUCCUUCUUCAGGUCCUCUUGGUCCUGGAGUUCCUUCUCCUCCGAUAACUCUUCCUCAUAAACCUCAUGAAAAAUCUCCUGAAAAGCCUACUAAUCCUGGUAUAGCUAUAGGAGUGCCUACGGGCAUUCUUGGUACAUCUGCCAUAGCUUGUUUUGCGGGUUAUAAGUUCUAUACGAAAUAUAAAGGAGAUCCUUGGGUUAGACAUGGUUAUUCUGGAGUUUUUAAAGAAUGUACCAUGUUGAGUAUGCGUAGACUCUUCUAUGCACCCCUAUAA